UCCAACAUUUCGUUGAAGUUCAAAUGUUUGUGACCAAAAUUGAUAAUCAUUGCAUUGUACAACUCAUAUUUCGGAGUAGGUGUUCGCCGAAGAAAUUGGGGGAAUUAAAUAAGAAUUUGACCGAUAAUCAAAGAAAAGCUGUUGAAGGACUUGGUUUUGGGUCGCUUCUAAAUGUCCAAUGCAAUAUGUUGCCCCGGGACUUCAUAUGGAAGUUGGUUGAACACUUCAACCCCAAGACAAGGACGUUCGAAUUUGGGAGGUUGAGGGCGUAUGAAAUCACUACUGUUGAUGUGGCACGAGCCUUGGGUCUCAAACUUGGAAGUGUCUCAGUUCCCACCAAGUGUGAAGACGAGCAUGUCAACCACAUCCAAUCACUAGUUUUAGAGAAAGGGAAAAAACUGACCAGAGGAUUGACUGUGAAGAUGAUGGAUGCAAUGUUUGAGAAGAAGACAUCUGGGAAAAAGUUUAAUACUGCUUACGUUCUUUUUGCCUUGUGUUGCUUCCUCUAUCCUACGAUAAAGGAUGAAGCAGGCCCAAAGUUAUUCCCAUGUGUUUUGGAUUUGCAUGCAAUUCCAAAUUAUGCAUGGACGCAGUUUGUUCUUGACUGGUUGGUUCGUCAAAUUACGAUGUACAAUAACAGAGGUGCGAAGGCAAAAAAAAAAGCAAGGAAGAUUGAGGCCCCGAGCAUUGAUGGUUGUGUUCUACUCCUCAUGCUUUUAUAUUUCGAUAAAGAGCAGAUGGGUAUGAUUGUUGGUCAAGAGGGUGGUCCAUUGAUUGAGUGCUGGACACAACAACGUUUCCAGGAACGCAUUAGGAAUGAGGAGAAUUUGGAUCUUUUGGACCCCACUUUAAGUCAAUUUUCGCAGCCCCGCCUUCGCCAUCUGAUCUGUAUUGAAGGUUUUCAGUUGGCGAAGAGAAUGUUUAUUCAACAGGUGGAACAGAUUAAGAAAACGGAUGACAUCUUUAUGGAAGCUCUGGAAAAUAAACCAAGUGGACGUGAUGAAUCUACCGGCAAUGUUCAAAAUAAACCAAGUGGAGAGCAAAGUGAGAGUGACGAAAGUGAUGGGGGUAGUGAAAGUGACAAAAGUGAUGAGGAUGAAGAAGGUGACGAAAGUGACGAGGGUGAAGAAGGAGACCCAAGUGACAAGAAGGAGACCCAAGUGACAGUGGUGAAGAAAGUGAAGGAAAUGAGGGUGGUGAAGAAACAAAAUGCGUAG